AUGGCAACAAUCAAAGGUCUCAACGCCCAUGAUCGCCCUCCGGAGAGAGUCCGCGAGGUCUACAAGAAAUAUCUGAAAAUCAAGCUACCAGAGAUUGACAAUGACGAAGACAUAGUCGAUUUAGAGAAAUUGGACGUGGAUAAUCUGCCAAGUCCGUUUGCGAUAUCCGGUUUUCUAGAUAGUAAAGAUCUUCGCCUGGCGUUUAAUGAGUUCAUGGGCAGGACUGGCAACUCUCUGAGUGAGGGGGACCGUCAUGGUGGAGUUCUUAUAGAGGAUAUUCCUAUCUUCACGCAUAGAAAAGUAUCUGGUCUUCAUAUGAUCCCAUCUCUAUACCCGCCAACUGUUCAAAGCAAGUUGCUCGACUUGAUGAUUCACCGGGAUCUCUCGGCCCCAGAACAUCAAACGAAUCUGCAUCUACACUAUGACAUUGAAUAUCCUCAAGCCCCUGAUCAAAGUCCAAUCUCAUUCUUUGAAGCUGAUCCUACAUCUACUUUUGCACCGAAGGACCCUCAUGUCCACAAGCCCAUUACCAUCCAAGCAAUGCUAGACAAAAAACUCCGCUGGAUCACACUCGGCGGCCAAUACAACUGGACAACAAAAGUCUAUCCUGAGGGCCAACCGCCCCCUUUCCCCACAGACAUCGCACACUUACUACGAGCUGCAUUUCCCGAAACAGACGCUCAAGCAGCCAUCGUCAACUUCUACUCUGCCAAUGAUACAUUGUCCAUGCAUCGUGAUGUAAGCGAACAAUGCGAUACUGGCCUUAUCAGUGUCAGUUUUGGUUGCGAUGCGUUGUUCAUGAUCAGCCACGACGCCGGGGAUGGAUGCGAAGUAAUUCGACUUCGUUCUGGGGAUGCGGUGUACAUGUCUGGUCCGUCGAGGUUUGCGUGGCACGGUGUACCCAAAAUCAUACCGGAGACGUGUCCCGAUUGGUUGCGCGAUUGGCCAGGAUCGAAUUAUCCUUACUGGCAAGGGUGGAUGGGAAGGAAGAGAGUGAAUUUGAAUGUGAGGCAGAUGAUGGAGUCGAGGGCCCCUGCAGAACAGAUAUAA